UUUUUUUGCUUUUAUACUGCCCCAGACAAACCCAGCUAAAUUCAUCUGUUUACUUAACUGUGCAGCAUAAGUGGCCUAAAUUGGUUUGUGGUUUUACUCCUUUAUCAAUUUUCAUGACACUGCACACUAAUGAGUUUGAAAAUGGUUCGUGUUAUUACAGUCAAUGUACCUGGCUGUCUCGCCAUCAUCUCUAUGGAAAAUAAGCUUGCAGUGAGCCUGGAUUGAACUGCCGUAACUCCCAGAUGUAUUAUGUGAUGAUUGCAUCUUGAUAGACUGGUCUAACUUCAACUGGCAGUACAACAAUAUUUGUGGAUUCUUUGUGGAGAAAGUAGGACAGGAUGUCAGACCAGACUGUACCAGGUGCGGGGUUUAACUCCAAGGGCCUUGGCCUGAGAGCACAGAAGAAGCUAAUGGGGAAGCUGGCUAGUAAGAAGAUAGCCAAAGUGUUCAUAGAUGACACCACGGGCCAUAUGCUAGACCAGUUAUUCUUUAUACUCAAGGAUUACACCAAAAGCAAAAAAGAAGGAGAAAAACUUCUCAAGGACAUUAUCAAAAUUGUUAUUAAGAUAGGGAUUUUGUACAGGAAUGAUCAAUUUGAUGCUGAAGAGCUAGCACUUGCUGAGAGAUUUAAGAAAAAGUUUCACACUUGUGCAAUGACUGUGAUGAGUUUCUUCGAGGUUGAAUUCUCAUUUGAUAAAAAUUUUCUUUCAAGGAAUCUCAGAGAAUGCCAUGCAAUGUUGACUCAGUUGAUUAGACGCCACCUCACAGAUAAAUCUCAUACUCGUUUAAAUCAUGUCUUUGACUUCUUCUCAGACCCAGAGUUUCUGGAAACUGUGUUUAGAAUGGACAGUGUGUACAGGGAUUCCUUGGGACAAGUUGUGAAUGAUCUCCACAAAAUGAUGGAAGAUGGAACUAUUUGAGCCACUUCAGGACAUGCAUUGGCUUAUGUUUGGGACUUGGAGAUGAUUCAUCCUCUAUUGGCAUAUGACUUAUUGUGAAUUCUUUAAGGUUACAAAUAUAGAAAGAAAUGAAUACUCAAGUGACAGGACCUUUAUUGAAUUAAGCAAUUGUUGGAAUCCAGGCUGUCAGUUGUAAGGUUUUAUGAAAGUGAUACCAAGCAAGGGGAUAUUUUAUGCAGGCUGAAGCAUCUACAUAUGGUUUUUGUGGUGGCUUUACCAUCUUUUGUUACCACUAAAGCUAGAUUACCAAGAUGUAUGGAAACAUAAAUUUAGUUCACAAUACAAAUCCUUAAUGCAUGUAUUUCAUUUAAAUGUCAGGUGAAGACUAAUAGCUGAGGAUUUGACAGCUAGGAAUUAUUUGCAAAUUUCCUGUUUAUGAAGUUUUGGCUUGUGACAGUCAUUCUAGGCUAAGGAGCUUCUUCAAAAAAACCUACAUUUAACCUGACAAACUGAUGUUGUGUGGACAAAAUCACCUUUUUCAAGAUAUCAAGUUUUUAAAUCACUAAAUUUUGACUAAUAAGAUCAAAAAGUGCAUAUGCAAAUCUGGAGCACAAUUUCUUUUGUUAUAGGUAAUUUAUUAAAUAUUCAAAUCUUCACUGUCUUUAAAAGAGUCAUUGGGAAAUUCACAAAAAGAAAUUGAAUUUGUGAUUGACAGAUGUGUCUCCACAGCUCUGGGUAAGAUGUAUCUGGUUACUGUCACUGAAGAUUUCUUUCCCUUGGAAGAUGUAAUUGAUUUGGAUUGAAAUUCUGUUGAACACUAUACUGAUGCACCAAGUUCCCAGUCUCCUGUUUACAAUCUGUAUGCAUUGCAGGGACUUGUAUUUUUUCAGUAACACAGUCAUGUUAUACCUGUAGUAUAUAUAUUUUUCUGAAGGAAAAUAUCUCAUUUAAAAUAUGAUAAUUAUUUUAUCUCAAAUAUUAAUUUACAGAACAAUUGAAAAAAAAGUUUAGUAUAUUUAAAAUCAUGGAUUACAGUAUACAAAUAUAUAUUUUUCACGUCUUUCAUUUUGAAUACUAGGAAUAUGCACUGAAAUCUGGAGACAGAAUCAAAAUAAGUUAUUUUCAAAAUUUUUCAAUAAAAGGGCUUAGGCUGACAUAUUUAUCUUAGUUAUCAUCACAGAACAAAAAGGUUAAGGUAGCAUCACUACUUAUGAGAUCUAAUCAGUAAAUUUUCAAACCCAUGAAUUAUGCAGUAAAUUUAUUGCCAUAAUUAUUCUGAAAUGCAGAACUAUUUUGAAUACAUACAGCAAAGGAGUGUUACUGUAUUUAUCAUUUGUAGAUUUCUACAGUGACUUGCCAGAAAUAAACAGUGGACAAUACCAUCAUUUUGGACUUGCAACUUAACAGUAUUGAAGUUGAAUUUUGUUGGAUACUGUGGCAAAAAACUAAACUUAACAGAUAAAUUCUUUGAGACAGAAAUGAGUAUUUAAAGUUACAUAUUCUGAAUAGUUAUAGUAGAUUUGAAAAAAAAAACUGGUCAGGAAUAAAAGAAGUGAAAAAUUAUUUGUAUGUAUUAUUUAGACAUUGGAGCUAUUUGCAACUAUUUUCCAGCAUAACGAUAAUUACCUGUUGCCAUAUGUGAACUACCUUCUUAAUAUUUAUUCAAGGUGAGUCAUGAUUAUUACUCCUGGCAACCAACAUGAUAUGAUAGUCUUUCUUGAUCACUCAUACUUGGCUCUGACAGAUGAGUAUUGUAUAAUUUUACUAACAUUUGCCGUACCGAUAAUGGAAUCUGUCAUCACAGGAUUAAGACACUUAUGUUUCAAUGUCCAUAAAUUGUGGGAGAUUUCAAGGAAAUGCAUGCUCUGCGUUAAGACACACAAUGAAUAUUAGACCGUCAUACAGCAAAAUAAUAAAGAGAAUUACUCCAAAAACUAGUCUAUUAAAACUGCAAAAAUGGGUUUAUGGAUUGUAAUUCAGUGAACAGGAUAAUGUUUGGAUCUGGUGAUCAAGAGAAAGUAUUGAAAUUCCCUGGAAAAUGAAAAUUUUUCUAUACUUAAAAUUAAUACACCAGAGGGACUUGUUUAUUGAUAAGUUAUUUUGACAACCUGAGGAAUUAGGGGAUAGCCAUUCUAAUUAUUGCAACAGAGAUAAAACAAAACAAUUACUAAGCUGGCUGUUUGUUUACCUGGUUAAUGGUUUUCAGAAGACAUAAAGAGAAAACUUAUGCUUAGAUUUAAUUGCUUAGUUUUUUGUGUUAACAUGUUAAAAAGAAAUGUUGCAAUAUACUUCGAUAUCAUAAUGCUCACUGCAAUUCAAACUUCAUUUAUGCCAAAUUUCUUAAACAGAAACUUAGUUUCUUUUGUGCAGUAAUUGAUUGCAUGUACUGUAGGUGCACCAAGUAUUUAUUACAAUUUUUCAUUACCAUCACGAUGCAAUUAUUCCAUAUUGAUUUUUUGCGAUAAAUGUGAGAAAAGUCCAUGUGGGAGCUUUUGAAAGCAAUAUGUCACUCUGUUUAUGGAAGAAAUCUUAGGUGUACUACAGAAAAUAAAUGAGGUAUAUUUUAAAGAUACCAUCUUAUCGUGAAUAAUUAUAUCAUAGGAGGAAGAAAAGAACUCAAUUUUAUCCUAGAACUGCUGGGGACAUUGGUAUUGGCAAAAUUAAUUGGUUAAACUGUGUCAGAAGAAAUUGACAGACACAUGGAAGUAACAUACUGGUAACACGUCAGUAUUAUCCACCAUACACUUGUUUUACCUGUAGUUUACGGUUUCAUUACACCAGAGACUGUGUGAUUUAAUAUUUGGUACUAAUGUUUCACACAGUUGUGUACACCAUUGUAUUUGAUUGCCAGGAUGGUGAAAUGCCUGGUGAAUAGGCCGAUUGGGGAGUAACGUAAUUAGCCACCAGGUUGUGACUUACUUAAAAUAUGUAUGGAUUAUAAUGAUCAAAUGUCUGUGCAGUUACUUUUUAUUUAAUAUAUUAU